AUGCAGGGCCUUCGCACCCCACCGGCACACUUCUCCACAAAGAAAACGCGGAUCCUGGACCAGCUGGCCGUCCCCGACGCUGAGUACUCUGACGCCUCACCAAAGGGCACCGUCGACGAGGGUAUCCGCCAUUUGAUUGAUCAGAUCAACCAAGUAGAGGGGUUCGUCACGACUAGCAGCUGUGCCGGCCGUGUGAGCGUUUUUGUCGAGGGGCAAAAAAAAACACACGAUGAUAGCCCCGAGCCCGAUGGCGGUGGCGAGCGCCAGCAGGUGGCCGGUGUGGGAGGCAAGGGAGCCGGAGGCGCAUGGCUAUUCGUAUCUCAUGAUGUAGUCGGGUCGGGGGACUGGAUCAGUGCUUUGCAGCUAGAGGAAGGUGGUGAGGCCAAUGUCGGUUUGGCAGAGCAGAGGCUGAUCCAUUUCAAAUUUGAGCCCAUGAUCCUCCAUGUCCUCGCGGCCUCACCACCACACGCACAACUUCUCAUCCGUGCCGCGCUCCAAGCCGGAUUUCGGGAGUCAGGCGCCGUCAACCUAACGGCCGCGUCGGCAGACGACCAGCCGACACCUAUGGUGGCAGUGCGAUCCAUGGGACUGAGCUUCGAGUCCCUCAUAGGCAGCCAGGUUGGUCCCAACGCCGAGGGGGGACGGCGACUUCUCGUUUCCAAAACCUAUCUCGAGACCCUCAUGGCCAUUGCAAACGAGCGGUUCGCCGAAAACGCCAAGCGCAUCACCCGAUUCCAGGAUGCCUUGAGCUCGGUGCUCACUGACCCGCCACCUACCAAGAUGGGCGCCGACGGUACAGCUUGGGAGAAUGCUGCAGUCAGACGGGAGCGCAAACGGGUGGAAGGUCUGCAGAGGCGAGCGCAGCUGCAGCGGCAAAAGACGCUCGAUGGUAUGAGUGAAGAAGAGGCGAUUGACAUAGCGAAUGCACUCUCAGGACUAUAA